CGGAACACAACCUCUCGAGUCUCGUGUUCGAAUCAUGCCUUUAUGGUUGCUUUACUACUUCUAGUGUGACUGGGAGACUUCGACGAGCUCUUACCGUCAAAAAAAUUCUAGGGUUUUCUUCUGAUCGGAAAAUUUUCCCGAAAAUCAUUGUGAAAUUGGGUUCAUCUUCUCUGCUUAGAAGCUAGAUUCUGGGUCUAUAAUUCGUUCUUUGCUUCAAAUUUCAGGAUCGGAUAGAGUUAUAUAUAUAUAUAGCCUGCUUAAGUUGAAUAUGACGAGGAAGUCGAAGAAGAAGUCUGCCUGGGCUAAGACAAUUCUGACCAAGGAAAUAAUUGAGAUCGAGUCUGAUACAGACGACACAGAUGAAGUUGGUGCUAGAAGAAAGUUGGAUUUUUGUGGUGAAGAGAAUGCCAAGUCUUCGCUGAACAAGGAAAUCAAGACUGAGUCACACAUAGAUGAAGUUUGUGGUAGAAUGCUGGAUCUUUGCGCUGAAAGGAACGCUCUAAGGGAUGAUGCUUUAGCUAAGAACCCCAAGAAAUCUGCUGUGGCUAAGAAGACCAUUGUGGACAAGGAAAUUAUUGAGAUUGAUUCUGACACGGACACUGAUGAACUUGGUGCUACAAAGUUGCCUUUUUGUGAUGAAGAGAAUGCAUCAUGGGAUAAUACUUUAGCUAAGAACCCGAACAAGUCUGCGGUGGCUAAGACCACUGUGAAGAAGGAAAUAAAGACCGAGUCAAACAUAGAUGAAGUUUGUGGUAGAAUGCUGCCUCUUGGUGAAGUGAAUGCAUCAGGGGAUGGUUCUUUAGCUAAGAAGUCUGUGGUGGCUAAGACCAUUGUGAAGAAGGAAAUCAUUGAGAUUGAGUCAGACACAGACACAGAUGAAGUUGCUGGUAGAAUGCCGGCUCUUUUUCGUGCCGAGAAUGCAUCAGGGGAUGAUGUUUUAGCUAAGAACUCAAACAUGUCUGCGGUGGCUGAGACAAUUGUGAAGAAGGAAAUAGUUGAGAUUGAGUCUGCCACAGACACAGAUGAAGUUGGUGGUAGAAUGCUGGUUCUUUGUGGUGAAGUGAAUGCAUCAGGGGAUGAUGUUUUAGCUAAGAACUCGAAGAAGUCUGCGGUGGCUAAGUCAAUUGUGAAGAAGGAAAUAAUUGAGAUUGAGUCAGCCACAGACACAGACACAGACACAGACACAGAUGAAGUUGAUGGUAGAAUGCUGGCUCUUUGUGGUAAAGUGAAUGCAUCAGGGGACGAUCUUUUAGCUAAAGAUGGCAAAAACAACAUGCAGCUUGUUUGUGUUGAUGAUUGCGAUUCCGGUUUGGUUCAUGAUUUGGAAUAUAAAAAGUACUUGGCACAUUUUAGCGAAAUCGGGAAUCUAUAUUUGCUUGAGGACAAUGUAAGGGAUAGUUCGCCGGUGCGCAUUAUGCACAAUGUCUCCUACGAUUAUGAAGAAUCUGAUAGGAGUAAAGGAAAAGCAGUAAAAACUGAGAAGAGUAAAGCAGGGAGAAAGGCAAAGUCUCCUACGAUUUCCAGUGUAUCCAAGAGGUUGAAGACUGAGAAGGGUAGAGUAGAUCAUAAGUCGACUUCGAGGACUGUCUUAAGGACCAAAGAAACCCAGCAAAAGAAAGGAGAUGCUCGACGUGGAAGAAAGAGUUCUGUGGCCAAGAACUCUAUCGAACUAAAGCCUAGAAGUUAUGUCAUAGACACAAAACAACAGAAUGGAGAUGCUCGACGUGGAAGGAAGAUUUUUGUGUCCAAGAACACUAUCAAAUUAAUGCCUGCAAGUUAUGUCAGAGACUCCCAAGAAAAGAAUGGAGAUGUUCGACGUGGAAAGAAAAUUUCUGUGGCCAGUAAAAACGUCAAAUUAAAGCAUACGAGAAAUGAUGAGUCUCAGACAAUUUUCAGAGCUUCAAAGAGACUGAAGACUGAGAUUGGGAGAGCAGAUAAUAACUCGAUUUCAAAGACUAUCCCAGUGUUGGUUAACACCAAAGAUAUCCAACGAAAGGAACGAGAGGCUUUGCGGUGUAGGAAGAUUCCUGUGACCAAGCACAAUAAUGACUCGAAAUAUAGAGCUAAUGUCAAAGAAAGCUUAUUUCACAGUUGCAAACAUGCCAAGCAGGAGAAUAAAGAGAGCCUAUCGUCAAUGGAUAAAACCUAUUCAUAUUACGUAGCUUAUCUAAGAGAUUCCAUUACCAUCUUCAAAUCGGAUCGACAGGUGAAACCUAUGAAAGAUGAAGUGUGUUUGUCCGAUCCUGAUAUUAUUGCAAUCAGUGAUCACCCCUUUCCGGAUGGAGGCAAAUCGCCAUUCGAGGCAACUAAUGACGGCAAAGUGAUAGAUCUUGAAGAUGGUAUUAAACCUGAUGAUAUAUUCAACUCUUGGUUUAGCAAGAAGCUAAUGGAAAUUCUCAGAAAUCCCUAUGAUGAAAAGGAGUUCUUGAGACUCUAUAAUGAGGCAUCACUCAAGAGACCGUUGACUAAGUCUAGGCAAUUACGAGAUGGAAGAGAGAUUGAAUAUAAUGAUCAACACAAGUUGGCACUUUCAUAUCUCGAAAAGUAUACAGAUUUCAACAAGAAGUAUCAUCGUUAUCAGAAGGAUCUUCCUAGAGCUUUGAACCUGUUGCGCGGGUUUUUCUUUUAUUUAGAGAACAUAGUUCUUGAAGGUGCAUUCAAACCCUGGCUGCAUGAAAAACGUUUGACAAAUCUGUGUGUUGAUGCUAGAGGGUGCAAAGAUAUGGUAGGCAACAAGUAAAGCGGCACCGCACUUCGCUUAAAGAACAUCUCAAGUGAAACUCAAGAAUCUACAAUAAAGUCUUGGAUGUGAAGCAAAACGAGAGAUCCUACAAGAUUUGUAUUUGCUAUCUCAAGGCUUCUUUAGGUUCAUCACUUUAUGGUAGUAGUAGUAGUUCUGUAGUUGUAAUUUAUGACUUCAUGUUACGUGCUGCAGAUCUUUGAAGUAAUUGCAGCUCUUGAUUUGUAAACUGUAGUAUAGCUUGGAAGCGAUCUUAUUAGAUAUUGGCCAAAAAGCCAAGAUUUCA